AUGUAUCCUCAAAACCCAACGGAAGUACCUAUUCCGGUGCCAUCAUCAACUCCAAUGAAAGAUCGUCGUUGGCUUUCCGCAGUUCCAUUAAUUGCUGUUUGCUGUCUCGUGUUAGUGGGUUUGCUAUUAGCAGCAACUAUUGUUUUAGCCUUGAUACCUCUGUAUCUACCAAAACGUGGUAGUGGAACAGUAGCAGUUCAAGUUAAUCAAAGGGCAUUUGUCUCACCAGCUGAUAUUGAAGAACCCAUCGAAAAACACGAUGAACAGUGUUCGUGCUAUAUCUCUUCAUAA